AUCCUUCAAUAUGAAGUUUCUGCAAACAACUUGUACACUACAACUUUUCAUCAUAUGGGUUGCGGGAAGCAGCUUAAUCCACACUGGCAAUUAGAGGACAGAAAAUGCUAUUGCUUUAUUCAGAAUGAAUAGGUUUUUCAUUUUAACAAGCCUUGUGUUAACAUUAACGAGCUCAAUACAUAUUACACGCGCAGAAACCACAGACACGCCGGUUACCAAUAAAGUCAACACUGAGAUGGCUUCAGUUGCGGAUGUAGAGGAGCAAUUCAAGCCCACACUAAAUCUUUUUCAAUUGGAUGAGCUUUAUAAGCGUGUUAAUGCUGGCCUAUUCAAUGGUCACAAUAUUAGCUUAAAUGACACUUAUGAGUACGACGACGAUAUGAACUGCUACAAUGGACAAAAUGCCAUUGGUAAUCUGAUAACCAUGAUACUCUAUUCAAGUGUUUGCAUAAUUGGACUCUUUGGCAAUACUCUUGUCAUAUAUGUAGUACUAAGAUUUUCAAAAAUGCAAACAGUAACUAAUAUUUAUAUAUUAAAUUUGGCUAUAGCGGAUGAGUGCUUUCUCAUUGGCAUACCAUUUCUAUUGUAUACCAUGCAAAUUGGCAGUUGGAAAUUUGGUGAAUAUAUGUGUAAGGCAUAUAUGGUAAGCACAUCUAUAACACAAUUUACAUCAUCAAUUUUUUUACUUAUCAUGUCUGCUGAUCGUUACAUUGCCGUUUGCCAUCCUAUAUCAUCAUCGCAAUAUCGUACACCGUUUGUCUCCAAAGUUGUCUCAGGCAUUGCUUGGCUGACGUCAGCGCUGUUGAUGUUGCCGGUGAUAUUAUUUGCUAAUACCGUGCAGGCGGGGGAGCAUAUCUCAUGCAACAUUAAAUGGCCCGAAGCACAGAAUACACAAUCGGGUACCACAUUUAUACUGUAUUCACUGACGUUGGGCUUUGCCACACCGCUAACUUUUAUAUUGGGCUUCUAUUGUUUGGUCAUACGCAAGCUGCACACAGCGGGACCGAAAAAUAAAUCUAAAGAAAAGAAACGUUCACACCGUAAGGUAACGAAACUUGUUCUAACAGUGAUUACAGUAUACAUCAUGUGUUGGUUACCCUAUUGGAUUUCACAGGUGGCACUUAUAAAUUCGUCACCAGGCAAAUGCGCUUCGAGACUAGAGAUAACGAUCUUCCUAUUAGUCGGCUGUUUAGGUUAUUCGAAUUCAGCCAUGAAUCCAAUACUCUACGCAUUUUUGAGUGACAACUUUAAGAAAAGUUUUAUGAAGGCUUGCACUUGUGCAGCACGCAAAGAUGUUAAUGCGCAGUUACAGAUGGAAAACAGUUUCUUUCCGAAAUUCGGUAAAAAUCGUCAAUCGGAACGUUUGAUAUCAUCCAAAAAGGCCAAACAAAGAAAAGCACUAGCGGCACACAAUAAUAAUGCCAACAUAAAUGCCACAACAACAACUACUACUGGUACUGGAAACACGGCGACUACAUAUGUUGACCCCAUGACAAGUGUAUUUCCAUCAGUAAAUGUGCCGGUGACUACGCAUAAUGUAGAUUUUCUUGCAGCUACGGGCGGUACGAGUGCUACCGUACUAGUCAUUGCUCCUGCACUUACAGAAAAUAACUCAAUCAAUAAGGGUAGAGAUUUGGAAAAUAGUAAGCCUCCUGUUCUACAUACAGACUUAUAAGACAGACAUUUGGAGACGUUUGUUUAUGUAGCAAGAAGAUGAGAAAGGAAGGAGUUCGCAGUGGUUAAAGAAACCCUGGUGUAAACUAUUGAGAAUAUGUGUGGAAAAUUAUUUUAUA